AUGUCCCCGCGCGCGACGAUGCUGCCCUCCUUCACUCUGGUUCUGAGCAACAGCAACUAUUCACCACCGCCCUACCACUCGCGCUAUCAUGAAAAGUACUACCCGCCGCCGCCGGAGCCGUUCAGCAGAGACGAUCCUCUGAUGAGGACUGUGGACUAUAGAUUCGUUGCGUCUGGUUUUGACGCGGAUUUGUGUCUGCCUGCGAUGUCUGAUAUCGAGGAGGAGGACGAGGAGACGGAUGGAGUGGUUAUCAUAGCCGAAGAAGCAGCGGAGUCUUCGAAUGGUACCAAGCGGCCGAAAAUUUCUGUCUUUCUGAAGGACUUGCUGUUCGUAGUCAAACUGAAGAUCCGGAAGCUGCGCAGCGGCGUGCUCGCCGCGCCGAAGCAAAACCUUGAAGUUGAUCUUCUCUCUUGA